AUGAGUACCAGUAGCACGACUGCUCCGACCAUUUCCAACCUGGCAUCAUGGGCCUUGAAAUUCAGUCCGACGGCCUGGCUCAAGUCAUGGCUGUUGUACCUAGGCAUCCAGACCCAUGUGCGGGGGACCAUCGAGCCGGAAAUGAAGCCCCUGCACAACGUCUGCGAGUAUCUCCAUGCUCUGCACAUCUACACCGACGAAGCACGGCGAGGAGAGGUCCGGACCGUGUCUGCGCACCAUUUUUGCUCGCAUGUUCGUAAAGACCUUCGCCAGUGCUUGAUCUACGACUCCUGUAAGCCCGACGCCCGGCUGAUCGGGGUCGAAUUCAUGAUCCCCAAAUCCCGCUACGAGCAGCUCGACCCGGAGGAACAAAAGCUGUGGCACUCGCACGAGUUUGAAGUCAAAUCGGGCAUGCUGGUGCUUCCAUACCCGGAGUCCCAUGCCCGUCGCAAGGACGCUUGGGACGAGCUGGAAACCAGGGCAAUGGAAGAGGUGGUCGGGCUGUAUGGCAAACUAUAUCAUUUCUGGGAGGUUGACAAGGGCCACGAUUUGCCUUUGGGCCAACCGAAAUUGAUGGGCUCCUUGACGGAAUGGGAGCAGUUGGACGUCGACAAGGCCAUGGAGGAAAGGAAUAAAGAGCAGGGCAUCGAUCAGAACAAAAAGCGGGAGAUAAGGGAUCACAUUCCACGGCCGGGCAUUCCUCCCAAUGCAGACAGCUGGUGGAAGGAGGCUAAGGAGAAGAAGUUGGGUAUCUAUGCUGAGUAG